UGCCGUUGGAUCUAUGUGUAUAGCGCAGAAAAGCUCAGCAUCCAUUUUCCGCCAAAUUCCUUUCUCAAACAAAAACUAACAAAAUAUUCUCUUGGAUCAACCUCUACCUACGAUCAUCCAUAAAGUUAGGGUUCCGGUACACUGAGAAUGGCGGAGCCGGCAAGUCCAGGAGGCGGCGGCGGAAGCCAUGAGAGUGGCGGUGACCCGAGUCCUCAGUCCAACUUGCGAGAGCAGGAUAGGUACCUACCGAUCGCUAAUAUUGGACGCAUAAUGAAAAAGGCAUUGCCUGCUAAUGGAAAGAUCGCAAAGGAUUCUAAGGACACUGUUCAGGAAUGUGUAUCUGAGUUCAUCAGUUUUAUUACUAGCGAAGCGAGUGACAAGUGUCAGAAAGAGAAGAGAAAGACGAUCAACGGAGAUGAUUUACUAUCAGCCCUGGCUACCUUGGGAUUUGAGGACUACAUUGAACCACUGAAGGUCUAUUUGACUCGGUACAGAGAGGUAAAUGCAAUUCUUCUUCAUGCCCUUAAUGGUUUUGGGACUGGUUUCUCAUAAUAACUGCUUUAUUUUCUUUAUUUUAUGUUCUAUUAGGCUUCCUCAUCAUUUGGUUUGCGAGGAAAUUGAUAAAAGAAUAUAUGGACUAUUGCAUUUGCCAAUUGCCAUCUUCUAAAUGUUGCACUGUGUAUUUUUGGUUAUGGACUUUACUAUUGUUGUUUCAAGACUUCGUUCAACUGAAUUUUAUCUCAUAAUCAACUAAGUAAAUGUUGUUUCUGUGGUUCCUGAACAACUUUCUCUGCUGGGUUGCAUGGGUCAAUCAAUGGUGUUGUAGAUGGAGGGAGAUGCCAAGGGAUCUGCAAGGGUUGGUGAUGCAUCUGUUAGAAAAGAUUUAGUUGGAAGUCAGCUUGGGUCCAAUACGCAGUUCAUGUAUGAAGGUUCUUUUGCACAAGGCUUAGACUAUGGAAACUCCCAAUUAUGAAUUUUAAAACAGUGGUUAGUCUUUUGCUGGUACAAGAUGCCAGCCAGGGUUUCUCUUCUUGCUGAUCUCUGUGUUAAACUGUCAACAGCAAUGUUUGAGGACUAGACACCUAAAGGACUCCUACUAAUUUCUGCAAAUAUUUUUGUUUGCUAUACUUUGAUUUUAAUUCUCUUCCGCUCUGUACAUACCGUUGGGUUUUGAAUGUCACUUGGAAUAAACCAUCUAUUAUAGUUUGUACAGCACCUAAGUGCCCAAACA